UGUGGUGGCUCUGACUGUGAAAGCAUCAUUUUUGUUCACGGAUUAAACGUAAAAGGAGAGGCUAGCUAUGCCCGGAAUGCAUGGACAGCAGACGUAAACCGAGAAAGAAUAUUUUGGCCAGGCGACCUCUUACCAUCCUCUGUACCGAAUGUCCGCGUCUUGCUAUUUGCGUAUAAUUCCAGCAUUACGUGGAAUUCGGCAAUUGCUGGUGUCAAAGAUCAUGCAACUACGCUCAUGAAUUUGUUGAUUUUGAAGCGAAAGGAAUCACCAGAACGACCGCUUAUAUUCAUCUGCCACAGCCUCGGUGGCCUUGUGGUGAAGCAGGCCCUUCUACUAGACGACCCCAAAUUUCGAGAAGCCAUUAAAUCCACUCGCGGUCUUGUCUUCUUUGCUACACCCCACCGUGGAGCGACAGGUGACGCAGUUGGGGUCGGCUUCAUUUGCGCGGAUAUAGUUAGGGCUAUUCAACGAGAGGGGAGAAAUUCCCUGCCUGAGUUACUUCAAAGAGACAGCGCUUUGGCAGAUACACUCUCUCGUCUUUUUGAAGCGAAGCUUAACCAAUUUAAUAUCAUAUCAGUUUAUGAAACUAGGUCAAUGAAGCCAUACGGUAUAAUUGUUGGCAAAACGAGCGCUGUACUGGAUCUUCCCCAACGCGAGACAGAAAUUGACAUCGAUCGCGAUCAUUCAACAAUUUGCAAGUUUCCAGGUCCAGAGAACCCAGGCUACAAGCAGUUCAUCGGACACCUGGAGCUCAUGAUGGAUAAUAUAAUGGACACAGAGGAGGAAACAAGGAAGAACGAAAUGCUUCAGAGCCUAAGCAAUUCUCCUCCCCUGGAGGAAGCCCAAUUUUUGCGACGAGCAGAGCAACUCGCCUUUUGGUACGCAGGCCAUAAAAAGUACGAAAUAUCCGAGGAGUUGAAUAAUCGAAUACUACAACUAUGUGAUAAUAACUCUAACUUGGGCCCAAACAACCCAGCUGCGAUUGAUGCGGCCUACAACAGGGCAUUCGCUUUACAACGUUUGGGCCGAUACUCAGAAUCAGAGCAAUUGUACGAACGCGCCAUAACUGGUUGGAAAGCUCUCACCGGCAGGGAAAAUGAUCACGCCGUUCUCGACGCGCGCAGACAGCAAGCGGUGAACCUUUACGAGAGUGGUAGACAUGAUAUGGCUGAACGCGAGCUCAGAGAUAUAUUAGAAAUAAGCAAAAGGAGCGGCAAUAUGCAUGCAAUUCUAGAAUGUCAAGCUAGUUUAGGUGAUCUGUUCCGAGAUCUCAAAAGAUGGAAUGACUCACAAUCGUUCUUGGAGCCUACAUUCGAGAAAAUGAAGAUAGAGUUGGGGCCAAUGAACGAAAGGACGCUCUAUAUCCAAGGCCAACUUGCGUUCGUCCUCCAAAGUCUAGGGGCCAAUGACGAAUCGGAGAUCUUGUAUAGGGACCUGUUGGAAAAGCGAAAGGAGAAGAACGGCGAUGUGAGCCUUGACACGUUGGCCACAAUGAGGGAUCUUGCCCAUGUACUCCAAAAGAAAGGGAACCUAGCCGAUGCUGAAGCGCUCUGCUGUGAUGCAUUGAGCGGGUUUAAGAGACGGCUCCCGGCCGGACACGACGAAAUCGAAUGGACAGAUAAUAGCCUCACAUAUAUACGCAACCAACUGGACAGACAUAACCUACUGACCAACGACCUCAACACUCUUUUCGUCUACCAGAAAUUUCCCGUGAGCCCUGCAUUGUCGGCUCCCUAUAUUACGUUCUUUUACAUGAACUUGGGCACGUACUGGGCCUACCACAUGAGUUCCCACCCAAGAAAGAAGAGUGUGAUCCGUCUGCCCAUAUUGGCUCUCGGAAUCCACUUUCCGUGA